AUGUGCGUAUCAUACCUCAAAACACACACAACUCACACAUCACAACUAACCCCCCCCCCCCAACCCCCCCCAAAACACCCUCUAAACUUCAAAAAACUCGCCCUCCUCCACUUCCAUCACAUCAACGCCGUCAUCAUCAACCACGGCGCCCUCUCGCCAAUGACCCGCGUCGCCAACUCCUCCAUUGACGACUGGAAAGCCCUCUUCGACGCCAACUUUUUUAGCGCCCUCGCCCUAGCCAAGGAAACCAUCCCCUACCUGAGAGAAACCAAAGGCCGUCUCAUCUUCACCUCAUCGGGCGCCGCAACAGGAGCUUACACCGCCUGGGGCGCCUACGGAACCUCCAAAGCAGCGCUGAACCACCUUUCCAAGCACAUUGCCGUUGAGGAACCAGACAUCACUUCGGUAGCCGUCAGCCCUGGGAGAGUAGACACUGACAUGCAAAAGGAACUUCGAGAAAAGGGCAAGGCGGAGAUGGCACCAAAAGAUCACGAAGCGUUCAGCAAAGAGUUUGAAGCAGGGACAUUGGUGAGACCAGAGCAGUCUGGUGGUGUUAUUGCUAAUCUUGCUGUGUCUGCGAAGCCAGAACUGGCCGGACAGUAUUUCAAGUGGAAUGCGCCAGAAUUGGCCGAGUACCAAUUGAGUUGA